AUGCCUUCAGACACCACCAUAGUCUCAAAAACAAAGAAAGGGAAACCUGCAAGACUCCAGGUUGACCCUGAAACUAUAACUGAAGAUGAUAAACCACCACAAACUGGAAAUGUGUUCAAUAUAUGGUUCUUGAAGUGGUCAGGAGGAGAUAGUUCAACGAAGAAUUACACGAAGCUGAAGUUCAGAGUAAAUAUCAAAAAAGAUUCAGGUUAUACGAGAGCUCCGUCUAAUGCUCCUUUAUGUCUAUUUUUUGCUCGAGGAUGUUGUUAUUUAGGCAAAAAAUGCUCAUAUUACCAUAGAUUACCAAGCGACACAGAUUAUUUCAUACCUACGCAAGAUUGUUUUGGAAGAGAUAAAACCAGCGAUUAUAAAGAUGAUAUGAAUGGAGUAGGAUCAUUCAAUAAAGUCAAUAGAACGUUAUAUAUAGGAGGACUUCACAUGGAUGAUAAAAUGGAGAAUACGUUAACCAAGCAUUUUCAGGAAUUUGGAUUGAUUGAGAAAAUUCGGGUGCUUCAUAGUAAAGCCUGUGCAUUUGUUACAUUUCGUACCGAGAAUGAAGCACAGUUUGCUAAAGAAGCCAUGCAGAACCAAUCCCUAGAUGGGAAUGAAGUCCUCAAUAUAAGGUGGGCGAAUGAAGAUCCAAAUCCUGAAGCUCAGAGACAAGAGAAGAGAAGGUUAGAAGAGGUAACCGUUAAUACUGUGAAAAACUUACUAGAUCUGGUUUCACAAACGGAAAGAAAGACAAAAAAAGUUACAGUAGAAGUCCCUGAUGAAAUUGAAGAAACUAAAUCAUCUUUGGAAGUAAAGGCAUUACCAUCGCUGGAGUCGUCGUCAGGCAUGUUCAACAAUUCUUCAUUAAAUGCACUUAAACAAAUGCAAUCUAAGAAACGAAAAGUAGAUAAACCUCAACCUGAAAAGAAUUUACCUACAAUGUUAGGAUAUUCAAGUAGUGAUGAAGAAUAA